AUGCCAACCCCCGAAUCCGCCGCGUUCCUUGCCAAAAAGCCCACCGUCCCGCCAACCUUCGACGGCGUCGACUACGAGGACAACACCGCGCUCAAGGCGGCCCAGGACGCCAUCAUCCGUGAGCAAUGGGUCCGCAUGAUGAUGGCGAGACUCGUGCGCGAGGAGUUGAGCAAGUGUUAUCGAAGGGAGGGGGUUAAUCACCUUGCCAGGUGUGGGGUUUUGAGAGAGAGGUAUAUGGAAUUACUCAAGGAUACGAAGAUUAGAGGGUAUAUCUUUGCGCAGCGGCAUUCUAUUCCGAAGAAAUAG